AUGAAGAUCAAAACCGAAAAACAACAAAAUAAGGUGGGUACAUCACAGACAGACGACUUCGAAAGCAAGGUAAGAGAAUACGAAAGCUUGCUUUGUGAAAAUGAUAAAAAAGUGAAGAAAAAUGAGUACAAAACUGGAGAUACCGUCUUAACACGUUAUUAUACUAAAUCUUGGAAAUACUAUGUUGGUGUGAUUGAAAAUGCAUAUUUGGCUACAAGAAAAUACACUAUAAAUUAUUACAAAACUAUCGGCAGAAAAGGAAAUGUUAAAUUUGUUGUUCCUAAACGAAAAGAUCAAGACUGCGUACCCGAAGUUUCAAUCGUUAAAGAUAUUGAACUGCUUCAGAUAAAUGAAGACCCCGAUGAGUAUGUGCUAAUGAACGACAGUGACGAGAUUUAUUUCUAA